CCUCUACAGGCUCUUCAGCCAUGUUCCACGUCGCCCCCCUCAUCUCGCUCACGCUCGCUUCGGCAGCCCUGGCGCAGACGUACAGCGCGACGUACCUGCCGACGAAUGCGCCAAAGACGACUGAGGAAGGCCAGGCCGGCACAAACCAGUGUGGGACUGGCCACGACCAGAACUCGAUGUGUCAGAACGCGUACCUAAAUUCGCUCGAUGACUGGUGCAUCUUUGCGCCUCCGCAACCCGGUGCCGACUCGACGAUAGGCAACACGGAGCGGAUCGAGGUCGCGUGGUGCACGAAGGAUGGGCACGGCACCCGCCUCAUCCCCGACGGCUCAAUCACGGGCGCGCACUUCGUCCAGACUCCCGACUACGUGCAGAUUAUGGGUGUUGGUGACCUUACAAAGAUCAACGUUCCUCCAGGAAACGAUGGAGGCGGAGAGCUCGACCCCCACGGUGCGGAUGGAAAUGGAAACCCCAUCGGCGGUUUGGUCUUCUCGAGUGCCUUUGGUGAUAUCGCGCAGAUACACGAAUGGACGAACUUCGUGUCCAACUCCGAGUUCUGCUUCCGCGCUUGCAAGGACGGCCCCAACGCUCCCGCGCUCUGCCAGCACAUCUACGACGUCAUGGGCUGCGAGUGGAACAUGCCCGGAAACUACGCCCCGGACUCGUUCGACCGCUGCCUGGGCGACACUGGCGAGCCCAUGGGUGUGUACGGCACCUCGACCUUCCACCAAGGUGACCCCAGCACUCCCGAUGCACACCCGGCGCCCGCGACCUCGUCGUGCACUCCCACCAGCACGAUCGGCAACGGCCUAGCUGCGAGCGCGUCCGGCAACGCAAGCGCAUCUGGAAGUGCAUCUGGUGCGACCACCACCGGGAGCGCCUCCGCUACAACAUCUGGCUCUGGUUCUCGCUCUGGCUCUGGCUCUAGCACGGCUUCGCGCACUGGCACAUCCUCCGGAACGCCCUCUGCCACUGGAGGCUCUAACGGUGCUGCGUCGAUUUCCGCUCCCGGCCUGCAGAUGGUGGUCUCCGGUAUAGCAGUCCUGCUCGGUGCCGCGCUCAUGGCCUAAGCGCCCCCGUCCCCCGCCUCCGGCUCGCGCGAGUCACCGAACUAUUCGACAGACCCUGACGAGGAUGCUGCACCAUUGCUCUCUAUCGUGCACUCCUACCACACUAUUACUCCUAUCUAGCUAUUCCUGCUGCUUACAUGUGAUGAAACAUGUCUGUUCUGUGAACCUACUGAUAUUUCUGUCACACUGCUGUCUUUUGGGCCUCGUGUCCCAUGUAUCCUGCCCCUCAGUCGCUCCUUGUUUCCCACCCAUGGACAAUACUAUAU